AAUUUUGAAUUCCGGGAUCUUCCCUCGUUUUUUUGUCUCUUCUGUCUUUCAAAUUUCAAAAACGUUUUACCUCGCCUUGCUCCUACCUGAACAUAAAAACUAGGGUUCUUAUUCAGACGAUGGGUUGUUUCUUCGCAUGUUUUCGUGUUAGAGAUGACCGUCGGCCUCCAAUCCAUCUCCUCUCUCAACCAAUCGCUUCAAACCCCAAGGAUCGUGAGUCUGGAGCUAGAAAUCAUUUAUCGACUUUGCUACUUUUCGAAGCUGAAGAUAGAGAUCAAUCGCCUUGUAAGGACAGGAAAUGCGGAGUUCUAGGUUCUGCUUCCCCUAAUUUCAAUUCGACGGAGCUGAAAGCUGAGGCUAAGUUUCUCAAAGCUUGUGGUACUUUACCACAAACUCCAGUUGAAAUUCGGAACAAUGAGAAACUAAAAGAUUUAGAACCCCAAAACAAAGAUACAAAAUCAUCAACAUGUCAUUCAUGGCUUCAAAAUGAUAGUCUUGAAAAGCUCAAACUGGAGAAGCAAUCCGAUUUGCAACCUUCUGCAAUCAAACUCUUUGAAGAAUGGGACAAUAAAUCAGAUUCUUCAUCACAUUCACUAGACAGUUGUGUGACAGGACAUGCCAAUCAAGCACAGAGUCCUACUGCUUCAUCUACUCCUCCAGUUGCAAACACACAGUUCAGAAACAAAACUGUUCGAUUUAAUUCUGAGAUUGAUGCAUCUUCAUUUUCAUCAAGUAGUUCUUCAUCUGAAGUUACUUCCCAAGAACCAAAUUCAAAACAUUCACCUUACCCUACCCCUCUCAGCUUAACCAAUGAUAUGCAAACACCUGGCACUGUCUUCCAUGCAUCUUUUCAUAAUAAAGAAACUGGGAAGAAACCAAGGAUCAGAUCUCAGUAUGUGAUCCCAGUGCUAAGCCCUGUGGAAAAUGCCACUCAGUUGAAGAAACUCGUGGAAGAAAGUUUUAGCUCUGAUGACUCCUCAACUCAAUUUGAAGAACAUUAUAAGUCACAAGUCGAAAGAGAAGAAAAAGAGUUAAAUGUGGAUACAAGUUUGUCUUCAUGGCUACCACCAAAGCAGAAUCAUCAAGGCUCCAUUCUUCCUAAAAUUGGCAAAACUCCAGGGGAUAGACCGAUACUAGGGAUGGUUGCAGCUCAUUGGAAUGCUGAUGAAGCUGCUUCUUUCCCACCCAAGUGGUGGGAUGGGAAUGGAAUCCCCAAUUCCACUCAUAAAUACAAUGAGGAUCAGAAAGUUAGCUGGCAUGCUACACCUUUUGAAGAAAGAUUAGAAAAGGCUUUAUCUGAGGAUAAGCUCACUGCUGAAAGGAAGCAACUUGGAAAGGUGCCACUGGUGGAUAUGGAUGAGAAAGAUGAAUGUGAGAGCACUGGAAGAACACUGCAAUCUUGUAGUCGUUUUGAAUCUGGUUAUGUUCUGAUCAACAGUUCUUGACUGCUGUAUGGUGAUGCCAGUUGUGUAUGGAGGUAGAAAUGUAAAAGACCAACAAGUGUUACUAUUUGAAAAACGAGGGAACUUAAACAAAUUGUAUAAAUAUAAAUGUAACUGAAUCAUGGGAUUGGAUUGGAUUAGUCUUAAUCCUUAAGACUUUGGCUAUCAGGAGUAGGGACCGUAUAAAUCUAUGAUUUGUCA